AUGCCUGGUGUCGCCCCGCUCCGCAAUGGUCCUCUUGCAAAUGACAUCCUUUCUUUUUCGCUUUUGCAGGUUGACACAUUCGCCCGACAGAAUGGCAAGGCGUGGAUACAAAUACGGCCGCGCCCUCCGCCGCAGCCUGGUCCCGCCGUAAGGCGCGUCGGCCUCGACCCACGUUCCACGUUUUCGUACACGGGCGCUUGUUCAUCCUCUCUCUCUGCCGCCUGCGCCACCGGCGUGUCUCCGUCUUCCGAGUCUCCGCUUUCGGCGUCUCUUUCUGCGCCCGGCGUCGCGGGGUCGCUGGAUGCCUCCCUGCCGUCUCACCCUUACGCAGUGAAGGGCCGACUGGACAAUGGCCUCGAGUAUUUUCUUCUGCCCCACGCGUUCCCCGCGGGCUCGCUGGAAGUGCACAUGGAAGUGCAUGCGGGCAGCACAUGCGAAGGCGAGCGCGAGCGCGGCAUUGCGCACCUGUGCGAGCACAUCACCUACAUGGGAAGCAGAAAGCGCGAGGCGCUCAUUCGCCAGCAGGCCGAAACGAAUGCAUACACGGAUUUCCAUCAUACCGUCUUCUUCGCUGCGUGGCGAGGCGGGGAGGAGGAAGGCGAGCAGGACGCCCUGGCGAACGCGAAUCGGAGCGCUCUGAGCCACGCCAGAGGUGCUCACCACCUGAACACGGAGGAAAAACUGACGUUGGCGCUGGAGGCGAUGCGGGAAGUCCUUGAGGCCCCCACCCAAUUCACCUCCGAACGCCUCAACAGAGAGCGGUCGGCGGUCAUCUCCGAGGCGUCUCUGGUCAACACGAUUUCGUAUCGGAAGGAGCAGAUGCUUCUGUCUUUGCUGCACGCGGAAACCAUUCUUCCAUCGCGGUUCCCAAUCGGCCGCCUGGAGCAGAUAAAGUCGUGGAAAGUGGAGGACGCAAAGCGUUUUCACGCGCGGUGCUACAGGCCCGACAACGUGGCACUCUACGUCGUAGGCGACAUCGGGGGUGCCCGUGCAGAGAGCCUCGUGAGGGACCUGCUCGGCCCUGUCCAGCCCAAGAAGGAUCAAGAACCGACUUGGUUCAAAUUCAACGACCUCUGGAAAAACUCAGUCAGAAAAGUCUCUGCGUGGUUCCCGCCUCUUGCUCACCGGUGGCGGCAGCCCUCUUCGUCUUCGCUUCAGCCGUCUUCUGACUCGUCUGCAUCUGCUUCAGCGGCCUCUGAGGAUGCCUCGUCCGCGCCGUCGGGCGCCACUCCCCCAUCAUCCCCUGUCUCUGGGGCUUCGCCCACCUGUUCGCCUUCGCUUUUCUCUUCGCGGGAACUGCACGUCUGGAAGCACCCGCUCAUUCAGCAGUUCUCGCUCGUCUUCCUCCUGAAGAAGCCGCUUCAGCCUCUCAAGACCGUACGCGACUACAAACGCCUAAUUCUCCGAAAGUUAGUGCUUCAGGCUCUUUCUCUGCGGCUGAGCGCCGCAACGCGAGAGCGAGGCGCGAAGAUUCACCAGAUCGACUUGUGCGAAGUCAACAGCAUCAAGGAAGGGUGCCGCGUUCUCUCCCUCGAGGUUCAGGCCGAGCAGAGAGGGGACGAAUGGAAAGACGCCAUCAGCACAGCGGUGCAACAGGUCCGGCGUAUGGCGCGGUACGGCCUCUCCGUGUCGGAGCUGCGGAGCUUGCUGAGUACCUACAACAUCAAUCUUCGUCGCCUCCGCCUCUCGCAGCUCUCCUCGGCAGACAUGGUUCGUGUGGUGAUGGAGACCGCGGCCUGUCAUCACACGCUCCUCCACCUGGAGGAGGAGAAGCGGAUCGCAAUGCAGCUUCUCGGUCUCCCGGGAUGCGACGGCGCUGCAAGCCCUGCAGCCGGCGAGGCAUCGGGGUCUCCUCCAUCGCCGGCCGGCGAUGCCUCCGUCGGCGGAGGCGACUACGGCGCGGGGCCGUCUGCCAGGGAAGCGGAGCUGCUGCAGGCGCUCAACGAGGAGGCGCGCGACCUCUGCGAGUGGAUUGAAAUUCGUCCCGAUGAGGCGCAGAGUGGUCCGGAUGUCGUCCUCGCCUUUAUGCACGGCCCUGCGGCGUCGGAGCCACCUAGCGCGGGCGAGCGGGAAGGCGACAGCGGAUCGCUGGAGAAGGAGCAGAAGAACGACGGCGCAGACGCCAGUGGCGCGGCUGGUGAGACAGCCACGUGCAGGGAUAUCGUCGUUCACAGAGCCGCCGACCCGGAGACUCCGGGGGAAGCGAGAGAAGCAAAAGGCGUCACCGAGGAGAAGGAGAAAAACCGUGAGAGCGAAUCGGCGACCGAUGCCCACGACGAACCGGUUAUCCCUCUGACGAAAGAGGAGAUCGCAGCUGCCAUCUCGCAUGCCGUCCAAGAGGACAUCCAGCCUCCCACGGAAGACAUUCAAGGACCCGAUCGACUGAUGCGUGCCGAAGAAAGCGAAGCUCUUUUCCGCCAGCUCUCGCAGAGCGGAAAAAGCGCGGAGGAAGCGCAGCACGCGGUUGAAACACAGGACGGAAGCGAGAGUGCAGUCAGCCUUGCGGUUCAAGAGGCGCGCGCUGUAGAGGUGCUCAGGAGCAAUGUUGCCGGAGACAAUGAGGGAGCCCUCGGUGAAUUCUCCGCCUUUCUCCACAAUAACUCCAUGCGGGUGAAGUCUCUGCGGAACAAAAUCAAGUUCAAUGCAAAGGUCGCCGACGAUGAGAAGGGCACCGCGAUCAUCCGUCUUCUGCUUCCAGGUGGCCGCAUGAGCGCUGGCGUCGACGCCGUGGCUCUCGCAGCGCUGCGAGUGGAGGCCCGGGAGGGCCCCAGCGGCCGGAGGGUAGCAGACGCGGAGACGCAGGGCAGCGAAGGAGGACACGAGGACGAGACGUCGGGAGGCAAACGGGUGCCGGACGAAAUCUAUUCAAUUUUGGAAGCCCGUAGCCGCUGGGGAGCUGCCUUGGUUGUCGGCGCUCGCACCAUGAUGGAAGGCGGCGCACUCGGCGGGUUCUCCAGACAGCAGAUUGAGAGCUUUUGCCAAAGAAAUCUGAUUGGCGUUUCCAUCGACUGCUUGGACGAGUUCUUCUCGAUAGAAAUAAGCGUCCCCACGAACGUGGGCCGGGAUUUUCCUGGCCCCGCAGGGGGUCCGAUAGAGAGUGCCUUCCAGCUGCUCCGCUUGAUUCUUUCGUCAUUCACGUUCGAGGAGGAUGCGUUUGAGCGCGCGAGACACCAAGUGCUGCUCGACCAUGAACACUACACAAAGGACCUGUCGGCAUACUCGAUGGGCGAGCUGGUCGUUGAGAUGAGCGGCAAGGAUGCACGGUUCCUCUCGCUUCGUCCGCAAGUAAUAAAAAGUCUCAAAUUCGCUGACGUGGCCAAGGUCGUUCAGUCGCACUUCCGUAACCAGCUAAAGGCCGGGAAGAUGGAGGUUAACGUCGUGGGCGACAUCAGUCUGAAGAACACAGAAGCGCUGGCUGACGCUUACUUGGGAACCCUGCAAACUGUACCCGAAUACACUACAGCAGAAGCGCAGAGGCGACCUGAGGCUGUAGUGGGGAACGACUUUCCAGCGGCAGCCGCAAAUCACGAAGACGCUGAACGCCAGCGCGACGAACGUGCGACGGACGGUGACGCUGCGACGCCCAGCACAGCGACGCAGUCUGGCGACAAGCAGGAUGUGCCGUUGAAGGACGGUUCACUUCUAGCUGUCUCGCCGUUCCUGCCUUUACAGCAGAGAUACGCAUCGUCGCUUCUGCCUGGGGACUUCCCAAGUGGGGAUGAGACCCAGAAAAACACGGAGGAAGGGAGCGAACAGCCGGCGGGGGCCACGCCCAAAGGGAAGAAGCGCGUCCGAGUUCACAUCAUUGACUCUGAUGAGCGCGCAGUGAUUCAUCUUGCAGGCUAUGCGCCGAAUCGAUGGGGGGUCCUUCCUAGUGGUGCGUUGGCAUGGUCGUCCUCGCGUCCCGUGUCUCUUCCGGCUUCGCCUUCCCACUCGUCUUUUUCUUCUUUCCAUGCACAGCCGCUCCUUCCCGCAGGGUUAGCCAAAGGCUUCUGGGGGAACGCCGAGGCGGAAGGCGAGCAGGGACGCAGCAUGCUAGCGACGGACAACGAUCUCUCACGGGAUCCGCGCCGGCACCCAGCGUUCGGGCGAGUCGCCCUAUGGCUGCUGCAAGAAAUGGUCUCAAAACGCAUGUUCAGCGUGCUUCGGGAAGAGCAUCGCCUCACUUACGACGCCACAUUCGACUUCCUGUCGUUCGAGAUUCUCCGAGGAGGUCUUUUCGUCGUGACGGUUCAUACAGAGCCGCGGCUCGUGGAGGCCGUGCUGCAAGUGGCACGCAUGGCGCUGAGAGACUUGGCGACCAUUCGGCCUCUCCAAAGCUACCAGCUCGAGAGCGCGAAGAAGCAAAUCAUUUCUCGCCACGCGCACGAUCGAAAGCUAGCCAGAUAUUGGAUGGAGCUGCUUGUCGGGCUGCAAUUAGAUGAUCUUCCGCGAAAGAACUUGGCUUAUAUUCGCGAUCUCACUGCGGUCGUUGAGAGCGUCACUCUGGAGGACUUGCAGGAGAUCUUCGAGUCCUUCGGGUUACGCGAUGGAGACCUGUGGGAAGGCGUAGGGACGUCAGGGCCGGUUCCACCUGGACACUUCAUCGGCGGCAAGAAAGGCGAGAAGAAACGCAUUUCGCUUGCGUCUCCCCUCAAACGAUGA